AUGGUGAUCAUAAACAUACAAUUUCUUUGCUUCCUAAUGCCGACUAAACGCUUGCAAAAUUCUGCUAUUCUGAACACGAACAAAAUCCAAGAUAAACUGAACAUGACUGCCGUAACUUACGUGAUCGAACCGAUCGAGGGUCGUGCUGCGAUUCAGAAAAACUUCAUCAAACUGCCUGAACGAGCUCAGAACUAUUCGAAUCGUCACGUUACGCUCAAUGAACGAUUCUCAAUCAUCGAACGCGGUUACUGCCUAAAGCCGGUGAAACUACAGAAAAGAAGCGAUAAUAAACAAGUUAGUUUCAUCUCCUUGGAUAGCGUAUCCCCAGAAGAACGUAUUGCCAACGGUAUUGCGAUGUUGGAAAAGAAACGAAUUGAAAGACAGCGUGUAACGUCAGAGGCUGCUCAACAUCCACAACACAACGAUGGAAGCGAACAGUUCUAA